AUGGCCACCCACACUUCAGCUGGUGUGCCGAUUCUCGACAUUAGGAGGGACAAGUCUGACCACUCCCUUCUCGAGACGCUUAAGCGAUCUCUUAAUCCUCCCAAGGGGCAGCCGCGCACCUUUCCAACCUUGCUGCUCUAUGACGAAAAGGGUCUGAAGUUGUUUGAGGAGAUCACCUAUGUGGAUGACUACUACCUCACCAACGCGGAAAUAGAGACUCUCACAAUACAUGCCAGCAAGAUUGUCGAGCGGCUUCCAGACGGUGUUCGUCUGGUUGAACUGGGCAGUGGGAACCUCCGCAAGGUGAACAUCCUUCUGACAGCAUUCGAGGAGGCUGGAAAGAACGUCGAGUACUAUGCCUUGGAUCUCUCACUGUCCGAGCUCAAACGCACCUUUGCCCAGCUGGAUAUCACCGACUUCCACUAUGUCACUUUCCGGGCACUGCAUGGUACCUACGACGAUGCUCUCUCGUGGUUGCAGGGAUCCGCUACUGAUACCCGGAGUACCUGUGUUAUGACCAUGGGCUCUUCCGUGGGCAACUUCACUCGAGAAGGGGCUGCCCAGUUCCUCGCGUCGUUCAAGAAGGUUUUAGCUCCAUCGGACUUUGUCAUGGUGGGCAUCGACGCAUGCCAGCAGCCUGACCGCGUCUUCCGUGCCUAUAACGACUCAAUGAAUGUGACCGAGCACUUUUACCGCAACGGGCUCAUGCAUGCUAACAACAUCCUGGGCUACGAAGCUUUCCGACAGGAUGAGUGGCAGAUUGAAGGCCUGUAUGACGAGAAGCUUAACAAGCAUCAGGCCUCAUACGUGGCCGUGAAGACGAUCAAAGGCAAAGACUUUUCCUUCGACAAAGGCGAGAAAAUCCAUCUGGAGGACGCUUUCAAGUACUCCGAGGCGGAACGUGAUCUUCUAUGGCAUGGUGCCGGGCUCAUCCCUCAGACAUCAUACGCCAACAAGACUAAUGACUAUUACAUUCAUCUUCUAUCGCCGUCCACGAUCAAUUUCCCCGCAAAGCCAGCAGAGUUCGCCGCGAGCCCCGUCCCUUCGCUCGACGAUUGGCGACAGCUCUGGGCAGCUUGGGAUACAGUGACUAAAUCUAUGGUCCCGAAGGACGAGCUCCUCAACAAACCUAUCAAGUUGCGAAAUGACUUGAUCUUUUAUCUGGGUCACAUCCCUACGUUCGCAGAUAUUCAUUAUAUGAAGGCGACAAAAGAGGAGGCUACAGACCCUGCAUACUAUAUGACCAUAUUUGAGCGAGGCAUCGAUCCAGACGUGGACAAUCCCGAACUAUGUCAUGAUCACAGUGAGAUCCCGGACUCUUGGCCGCCCUUGCACGAGAUUUUGAAAUAUUCGCACCGUGUUCGAGAACGUAUCAUCGAGAGCAUUCUGUCUGGCCGAGCAUACACCGAUCGCAAGCUCAGUCGAGGUCUCUGGCUUGCCUAUGAGCAUGAGGCAAUGCAUUUGGAGACCUUCCUCUACAUGUUGCUCCAGAGCGAGCGCGUUCUGCCGCCACCAGGACGAGGCCUGCCAGACUUCAAAGCCUUGGCAGCAGAGGCUCGCGCGAGCCGCACCCCGAACAAAUGGCACCGCAUUCCCGCGAGUAAGGUUAAAAUUGGCUUGGACGAUCCGGAGAACAACUUGGGCCCGGAUAGGUACUUUGGCUGGGACAAUGAGAGGCCAUCGCGCAACGUGGCUGUCCACGAGUUCGAGGCUCAAAGUCGCCCAAUCAGCAAUGGUGAAUACGCUCGCUUCUUGGAAGUCACACACAAGGACUCUCUGCCAGCGUCCUGGACAGCAUCCAAAGCAGGUCAAGAUCUCAACGGGACCAACGGGACAAAUGGUACGAACGGCCAUGUCCAGGAUGGGCUAGAGAUGGCCAGUCCGACUUUCGUCGAGGGCAAGGCUAUUCGAACCGUCUACGGCCUCGUUCCUCUUAAAUAUGCUCUGGAUUGGCCCGUCAUGGCUUCGUACGACGAAUUGGCUGCCUACGCCGAAUGGUCCAACGGACGCAUCCCUACGCUGGAAGAGACACGAAGCCUUUACCAGUACGUUGAGAACCAAGAUAGCGUCCUCCAGAAGGUUACCAGUAAGUUGAUUUCAGCGGUGAACGGCCAUCUCUCGAAUGAUGGCGUGCAGGAGACCCCGCCAUCGAGCCAGUGGUCGAAUGGUGUGGUCAACGGCAGUGCAAAAGGUCCCCUGCUGGACCCCAAGGAGCUCUUUAUCGAACUGGGUGAUCGCAAUGUUGCCUUCCGACACUGGCAUCCAAUGCCCGUGACAGGCCACGGCGACCGGCUCUGUGGACAAAGCGAUCUUGGGGGCCUGUGGGAAUGGACCAGCACACCGUUGGCGCCGCAUGAAGGGUUCAAGGCCAUGGACCUGUAUCCCGGGUACACGGCCGACUUCUUCGAUGACAAGCACAAUGUUUGUCUUGGAGGAAGCUGGGCCACAGUGCCACGAAUCGCGUUGAAGAAGACCUUUGUCAACUGGUAUCAGCGAAACUAUCCCUAUGUCUGGUGCACGGCCAGACUUGUCAGGGACGUGGCCGUCUGA